ACUAGGAGGAAGAGCCAUGGAGGAGGUAUGCCUGGCCUUGCAACAGGGGUCAGGAUCGAUGACCCUUGUAGGACAUUGGGGGCGCUGUCACCUCCUCACCGAGCGCAGGUCACUGCCCUGUGCUUUAACAGAGCAUGUAUUCAGCCCUGCACCCUCAUCUUCCGUGGACGCUGAAGAUGCAAGAAAAGCCACCUGCCUCAUGCUUGCUUGGGCCAGAGAUCGUUUUCCUCUUGGUCUGUGUCCCGUGGCAGCAAGCCUUGCAGGGAAGGGGGCCCAGCAGUGGGGAGCAUCCGAAUGGAAUCCCGCUUUCCAACCUCGGGGCUGCUGCAUCGGCCUCCCACACGUGACCUCGCAGGCCCCGCUGCUGCUGCUUCUCAAAGGGGCAAGGCCUGAUGGGCAGGUCGAGCCAGUCCUUCCGGGAGGGGUCUGCCCUCCCCUGCCCAGAGGUGGUGCCUGCCUUGGCCCUCCGCUUGCCCUUGUGCGCGUGCUCAGCUGCUGUGCUUGCCUUGUGUGGAGUGGGGAGAAGAACGGGAUGAUGCGGGAGGAAGGAAAAGACUGUCUUGCCUUCGUAGAGAGCACUUUAUGCUUUUCCUCGCCCUUGCAGAGGGGUGGGCUCAGUGGGGUCUCAGGACAGUCAGCUCGAGCCAGCCAAGUCAGGUAUUAUUAUGAUCAUUAUUAUUGUCAUCAUCUGUAUAAGACAAAUGACACGGGCAGUUAGUGAGGGGGCCAGGACUGGAAGCCAGGAUAUGGGUUUUUCCAGCUCCCCUGUCAGAGGCCAGGUCUAGAGUAGUGGAAAAAGGAGGUCUUGCCCUUGCUGGGCCUCUGCCCGCUGUAUCUAUGCUCCUGCCUCAGCUGUCCUGGGUGGAAGCGGGAGGCACUCAGCAUGUAACAGGUGUUUCUCCCACCCUGCCCUGGCCCUAUGGCUCAUAGCCAGUGUCUGGGAGAGGCAGGGCCAGGUCUUAGGAGCCGGAAGGCAGUCUCUUCCCUGGCUUCUAGAAGAAUCCGGAGUCCCGUACGGCUCAUGCCCCCCUCCAGGUUCCAGCAUGCCUUGCCUCUGCUUGCUCGGGCUGCCUACGCACUAGCUACACACACCUCUAGCUUCAUGUCUCAUGUUGGAGUGUGGGGAGAGAACUGGGUUCUUAGCAUUAGAGAGGGAAGUGGCAGGUGGCAGAUGCAAGCUUAGCUCUGACCUGGGUGCAGCUCAGCCCUGUGUCCUCUUUUUUCCCUGGCCUGAAGCUGACCCCAGCAGAAGUCCUCCAGCCAACCCCUCCACCUCCCCCCGCCCCAAGCCCCCACGCUCCCAUCCUGUAGUAGGAGCUGGGAGGAUUGUGGCACCCAGUGCCUUCCAAGGCCAUUCCUGGAGUGCUGCUUGUAAAGCCAAGCCAAGCUUUGUCCCACGUAGGGAGACUGGAGGGUGACUGUAAUGUCCCUGUGCCUUUGGCUCUGUCUCCCUAUUCUGUGGUUCUUUGGGGGUUCCUGCUCCCCUCAGACUGAACCCUCUCCUGUCCAACAGCCAAUGGCUUAAUUAUUGCCUGGAAUUGCCUGGCCCUCCUAUGCUGGAAUCAAAGAUUGCCUUCCGAAGUAUUUUUGUUAAGAUGGCAAUAAAAAGAAAUCGAUCUCACUCUUUGAACACA